GUUGUGCAGUGAGACUUGAUUCUGGACGAGGUGUGAAAUCAUUGCAACUAUUUUUUCUUUGUGUGGGGGUGGAUUAUGAGAUGAUCCCUUCCUUGAGAGGAUGGAGAUCGUAAGUAGUAAAAUUAUUAUGGAAUACAUGCGAGAGAAAGAAUGUUACGCAGAGAUUAGGUGAAAGUUGACGAGGUUGUGGAGAACGCAGGGUUGGUUGGCCUUCUUAUAUGCAUGGUAAAAAAAUCUUGCGUCACAAUUCAUGACUGAAAAAGUGUUGCAUGCCGAAGGACAAACGUCAUGAUCAAUUAUUAACGACUUAAUUACCGUCAAAUUGACUGAUGAUGAUGAACACAGUUGGCCACAGACUUUCACCGUGGCAAUUUUUAUUACCGCAUGAAAGGUUCCAAGAAUGUAUCGGGUAAUUUAAUUAUCGGUAUAAAAACUUUCAUGAAGACUAUUUUUAUUGCAUGAAUUUUGCAGGAAGAAAAGUUACUGAAAGCUUUCACCCAUUCCGUUUUUCAUUAAAUGAAAAAUGAAACCUGUGAAUAAAAUUACCAAUUUUAUUCAUGAGUUUCAUCUAUUGGAAAUUACAGAUAGAUGAACUCAGAAAAUCUAUGAUGGGUAAAUAAAAUAACUGGCAUUAAGCGUUUGUCGCUAAUGCAACCCUGGAAUUUGAGAUUUAAAAUGUUAUCCCCUGUAGAUAUUUAGAUUACGUUUACUUCUAAUAAAAUAAUUGUCAUAUGUAAAUACUUCUCUUUAUUCAAGUGUAUGCCCCACUUUAUCGCUAAUCCUAAGUAAGUCCAAUCACAAUGCAAUGCUCCUCUUAUAUUGACCUGACAAAUACAUACAUGAAUACGCAUUGGAAUAACAUAAUUUAUAUUUGUCAAAUUAUGAGGUCUUUGAUACAGUUACAAUCGCUAGCUACGUAUUUAGACAUUUCUAUGGCGUUUAAUGCAUAAAAUCAUAUGUCUAAAAUCUCGAUAUCGUUUUGGAUAAUUAGUUAUUGUGAGACUAGUGCUAAAUCUACUGUCGUUAUUCGUGGUCAAGAAUUACUCUUGAAGGUGUGUAUCCAGCUUUUGUUUGAGCCAAGAUUUCGUAAAUUAUUUACAAGCCAGAGCCUAGUCGAUUUAGUCGUCUCGAAAACAUUAUUCAUAGGUCUCGUUGAUUUUAAUGCAUGAAAGCUUUCAUCAAAGCAAAAAAAUAAUUGCCUCUAUAAAAUCUUUCACACCCGUAAUUAAAAUACCACGAUAAAAGCUUUCAUAUAUGUAAUUAAAACUUCCCGGAUAACAGCAUCUACUUGUAUCACAGUCAUAAUGCGUACUGAUAUCUUUAGACAUUUCAUUUAUAAUUUUCAAGCUAUUUAUAUAUUUUCGUUUUAGUAAUAAAACUCCUGAAAUUAAAGGCAACUAAAGCCAAACUAAUCAGUUAUGGGUGUUCCAUCAAGGUAUAGGUGCAUUAAGGAAAUUGUGUAUAAUAAUUCCCCUGAGACCAUUCCCCCAAGACUGAAAUUAUUGACGGACAUAUUUCAAGUGAAAGGACAAUAAUGACAUAUUUAACAGGGCCUUCUUUUUUUAUCUCAGUGAGAAAUAGGGGAGAAUAUGGGACAAAGAAACCAGGCUGCGAGUGGACAAAGUCUAAAAACAAAAUGCAAUUUGAUGAUUAUUGUCUAGUUAACUAUUCAAUACAACUGAAUAUCAAAUUGACGUGAGACUGGAAUGAGUUGAUUCAGUAUUUCCUUCGUCUCAUGUAGUUUCACAAAAAUAAGCAAGUAAAUCGACUUUUUCUGGACAUUCGUCAAGCGUCACUUUCGACGGCUAUAUAAAACCCAGGAAAAAGCUCGCAUAGAACUCGGUGAACUCAGGCUGAUUUACCUAAUAUACAUAAAUAACAAAGAAGGGUUCUUUUAAUUUGUUACAAACCUUGGUUAAAUUGUUUGAAAUAUGUGGGUACUAAAUUGCUACAUAAAUUUAAAUAUAGGAUUUAUAUAUUUAUACAUAGUGUAUUCUUUAAUUCCAAUGGCUUUUGCCCAGUCGCGACAGUUAAAAAGCACGUUUAACUUAAUAAAUAAAUUGAAGAAAAAGCCAAAUUCAGAUCAGGUCAAAAAAUGCGAUUUAAUUCAACAUAAUUGGGGUUUGUUGCUUGGAUCUGUCGAUGUCAAACGGAGAUGAAACUAGCCUCACGUUGUCUGGCUACCCAUCUUACAUGCAUAUUAUUUAAGUAAUCAGUCAAUCUAAAUUCUAUUAUUGACCAGCUAAAUUUAUUUCGGAAAAUAUUUUAUAUGCAAGCGUAUUUCAUACUACCCUGCCCUGUGUCCAUCCCAGACUUCUUUCGGUCCAAGGUUUUGUUCUAAAGAGUAUUUGUUCUGUGCCUGCAUAUGAGGAGCAGUUACCAGACCAGAGGAAUUUUAAUAUGUAUUCACCCAUCAGCUAUGAAAGCCACGUGUUGAGGUACUUUUCCCAUAUUGAAUACCAAAGCUGCCAAGUUUUCAAAGAGUAACAAAAUUGUCAUCGCUGUUAAUUUUGAUUUCGAAGGUUUGCCUUCUUGGUUCAAAGGGGUUAAACGAUUGUUUAAUCGUUUAAUCCAGUGUCAGGUUUGCAGUUCGUCAGUUUCUGACAAUCCGAAAAACGACAAAAAAUGGCUGGCUUUGUAAUAUUCUACAUAGUGUUUUUUGCAAGGGAACACCUCUUCGUUUCGAAUAUCUACAUACAUUGGAAUAUCAGUAUAUGUAUGUACAUAAAUUUACACAAAUUUACUCCUAGGUACACGUGCCGCAAUAAACUCUAAUGGUUUUUUACAUAAUUUUAGAGUCUGACGAAAUGAGGUUUCACAACUUUCGCAAACUAUUUAUACAUUUAUACCUAAAAGAUAAGCAAGAAAUUGUCUAGGAUUAUCGUGGUAAAGCAACCAUAAUUAUGUAGUUCUUACUCAUUUACGUAUGCUCUAUAUAUAAUUAUGUAUAUGUACCUAUGCAAGUAGGUACACAACUGGAUUAAGGAGGAUAUAUGAACAUAUUUCUUUUCUAAGUAUUUAGAUGGAACUUGAUCCCAAGAUGGUUUUACAAGAUUACCAAGAAACCAGCACGUUGCUGUUGUGUAAUUAAGCAAUAAAUUUGCUCCAGUGACGAUCAUUGCAAAGUGAUUGCAGUGUAAUUCUCCAACAAAUUCACAUAGAUAAAUCAUAGAUCGUGUGAAACUAUUACAUCCGGCGAAACACAUUUUUAGUUACAAGUACGAAAAUGUGUUCCAAUAUUUGUGCUCCACCUUUUUUGGGUAACACAUGUUGAAGUUGAAGAAGUCCACAAGCAUUCAUUUGAUUUUUAACCUUUUAAGAAAAUACAAUACCCACGCGAAAAUUCAAACUUGUAAAAUGUUGACCAUAACGGUUUCUAUAAAUUUGGAUUCGUUCUCGGACGAUUUGUGUCCAGAAGUUAAACAAGCAAUUUCAAACAGUGGGGUGAAAAGGAUCGAGAAAAAAAUUAAGGUUCUCGCCCAAACCACUUGCAACCGCACAAAUUUGACAUCGGAUUCUCCCGACCUUUUACAAUUUAUAACUGAAUUGGAGAGCUGGUUGCUGGACUAUUUUGAUUCCUUUGUAACUCCAGAGCAAAUUCAACCCGUUGUUGAAGAAGCUGUGACGAAAAUGCUCUACACCAGCCCUACCAAAUCUGUUGGAUCGACGAAAUUCAAAAUUUUAUGCUAUGCCUACGCAACAGCGAAAAUCAUAAAGCUUUGUUUCAGUGACUCGGUUGAAAGAAUUGGUCGCAAGGGAGACGCCAAAGCAGAAUUCUUUGACAUGGCCAACAAAUCCUUCGCUGAUCUGGUCGACGUGAAAAACCUUGAAGAACAAGACUUGAAGAACUUGUUGAAGAAGGUGCUCAACAUGGAAAUUGUGCAUGAGCAAUCGACCGAAUUUUUACGCGUUUCUGCGAAUUCAUGCCUCGAAAUUUUUGACAUGGUUAAAGAAACUGAUCGUGACAUUACUCUAAAAAAAGCUGGGUCAAUAAUCUUGGCUCUCAGUGGGAUUCAAACAGUUGACAAGGAUUUUACAGAUACAUCGUUCCGUGGACUUAAAUCUGGCCUCAUACUGCACAUGACAAUUGUUUCCUUGUUAGAUGAUCUGCACAUUUCAGAAUGGUUUGAGGAGGACUCGAAUUUAGCUGAAUGGAACGAAAUUGCCAAUAAAAUCGCAGAAAUUAUGAACCUCAGGUUAUUCCCUUUGCAGAAUGAUAUCAUUCUUGGCAACAAUGAUUCAGCAAUUUUGCAAAAAGUUGCGAAAGGAACAACCUUAGAAAAGGCGUUGGAUGAAGAAAUUGAAAAUUUGAAGCACCGUCUUACAGAUUAUGGCAGACAGUACAAAAUUCUUGCAGAAAAAUAUGAGCGAGGAAACGAUGCCUUGUUGAAAUAUAUGGAGUACGUGGAUUCCUGGUUGUACGGAAACUUGAAAUUGUUUAAUAUUUUACCAAGAUAUGGCAUGAAAAAUCAGGUCAAAAUUGUAAAUAAUUUGUAAAUAUAGCUUUAUUAAAUUUUUUAAAUUCUGGUGCAGUGCACCAGAAUUUAAGCAGCACAUUAUAAAAGUAUUUAAUUUGUAUUGCAUGAAAAACAUUGGACUUGUUUUGGAGUGAAUAAAUAUCUUGAAAAAUACAUAUAUACUCAUGUAUAUAUAUUAUAUACA